AUGGUAGCCCUCGUUGAUAUUGACCUCUCGAGUAACAAGUUAGAAGGUCUUAUUCCAAAAACCUUUGGGAAUAUGGUAACCCUUGUUGAUCUUGACCUCUCUCGUAACAAGUUAGAAGGUCUUAUUCCAAAAAAUUUCGGGAAUUUGAUAGCCCUUGUUUAUAUUGACCUCUCUUUCAACAACCUUGACAGGGUUAUGCCACAAGCUUUGAAGAAUCUUCACAAGUUGCAAGUAUUAGACUUGUCAGACAAUAAUUUAAGUGGAGAGACAAGAUUGGGUUCCCCCAUUUCAAUUCGAUGCCAUCAAAUUGAGGUCCUGACAAGAUUGGGUUCCCCCAUUUCAAUUGGAUACCAUCAAAUUGAGGUCCUGGGAGUUGGGGCCAGCUUUACCUCAGUGGCUUGA